UACUUUGUAUUGAUCGUCAACCUUUAAGGAAUUAAUAAUGUAUACUAUUGAUUGAGCUGCUUUAAUAAUGUUAAGUCGAUUUUCGUAAGUUACUGAACGGAAAUAAUUUUCGUUCUCUGAUUAAAAGUCAAUGCUAUCAUUGAUAGUUAUUUACGUUUAUUUAUAUAUUUGGGCCUCGCUCUCACUGUCUCGUGUUAUCUGAAGCUCAAAAUGAUAUCUCAACAUAGGUCCGACAUUAAGAUUUUUUUUUUAUCAGGAUGGAAUCGCCGGACUUCCGCCCUCCACUGGAGAUGGCGGGAGGGGCAUGUUAAGACCUUAAGUCAUGAGGCUGAAGUAUUAACUGUAUUUUAGUAUUACUGUGAUCUUCGCCAGAAUGCAUGAUUACUUUAUGCCAGAAAUAGGCAGAUUCAUGUGCCUACCUAUACGAAUUCAAAACAAGCCCUAGUAAACUCAAAUUUACAAGUGUCCAAUUACUUACUACUCUUAUUACUCCUAACAUAUUAAUAUUGACAGACGCUCCUCGAGUAAUAAUUAUGUGCUUGAAAUUUUACAGGCGAUUACUCAUAUAAUCACGACGUUUAGGUUAUUAAAUUGAUUGACGAUUUAGUAGACACUAUUAUUAUCAUCAAUAGUCAGUAUUAAAUUUAAGUGUAACAACGUAAUUUUAGCUGUGAACAGUAAGUGGUCACGAAUAUUUAUGAUGGCUAAAAAAUAAAAGCAAUGGAGAAAUCACUACAAGGACAAGUCUUACAAAGAUGUUCGUGCAAUAAUUGCUUUAUACCACCAUGGGGAUUUACGGAUCUGGAGGAAGAGAAGCUAUACUCGGCUUACAUCCAAAGACAGAGACAGCGCGCUGUUCCCCGUUUGCUUGCUAUCGGAGUGCUGAUUCAAGUGUUCGCUGUACUAGUUCCCGGAGAACGUGAUUUAUCCGUGGCAUACUGUUCCGUUGUGAUAGCGUUGCUCUUGAACUUGUUGGUAGCCGCAGCCUAUAUUUGCAUACGGAAAGCUCGGCCAGCCCUCACGCAUAUAACAUGGCUGGCAUUAUGGCUCCAAUUACUAUUCAGUACUUCACGCAGACUCGGCGACUCUUAUAAUGAACUACUAGGAUGGGCUGUUGUCGUGCAAUAUUUUACUCUUGCAACAAUGCCUUUUCAUUACUUGCUGAUGGUAUUCUACAGCGCCGUUUCCCUGUCUACUUAUCUUUUGGUGCAGUAUUACAACGCUUUAACAGCAGAAAGUACAUUAGCCGAUGAUUUCCAUUUCCAGCAAAUUGCAAAUGGAACAUUAUUACUGGGAGCCACGUUCCUCGGCGGUACCGCUUAUGCAAUUAGUGAAAGAAACCAGAGAUGCUCUUUCCAGGAGACCAAGCGAAGUCUACGAGACAAAUUGACUAUUGAACAACAAAGCAAAGAACAGGAAAGGUUAUUACUAUCCGUACUUCCGGAGCAUGUAGCUGUCCAAAUGCGCAAGGAAUUAGGGCUUAUCGACACUCAAUUCAAAAAAAUUUAUAUGUCCCGACACGAGAACGUGAGUAUCCUGUAUGCAGAUAUCGUAGGCUUCACGGCUAUUUCGUCUACAUAUUCAGCGCAAGAUCUUGUUGCGAUAUUAAACGAGUUAUUUGCCCGUUUCGAUCGACUCGCCGAGAAAUAUCAACAGCUCCGAAUCAAAAUUCUGGGUGAUUGCUAUUAUUGCAUUAGCGGCGCACCGGUAGAAAGACCUGAUCAUGCCGUUCUCUGUGUGCACAUGGGCUUAUCUAUGGUUAAAGCUAUUAAAUACGUACAACAAAUCACAAACUCACCGGUGGAUAUGAGAGUGGGUAUACAUACAGGAGCGGUAUUGGCUGGCGUCCUGGGUCAGCGGCAGUGGCAGUUUGAUGUUUAUUCAAGAGAUGUGGAAUUGGCCAAUAAGAUGGAGAGUAGUGGAAUGGCUGGGCGCGUUCAUAUAUCGGAAGUUACUUUAAGUUUCUUGAACGAUGAGUUCGAAGUGGAACCCGCGCAUGGAGAGCGCCGCGAGGAGAUGCUGCGCCAGUCAGGCAUAAAAACUUACUUCAUUGUACGAGUUUUGAAACCGUACCAGGGAGGCGAAGAAAAGAUUGCGACGGUAAACGAAGCGCUUGGCGGAGAGCUCGCUGACACGCUAUCUGACCUCAGAGACGACGAUGAGGUCUCGGUUCUUUCACCACAAGACGAAGAAAAAGGAAACGAAGAAUCAAAGAUACUCUUGAUGUUGGAAGAGGAACUCGUUAAUAGAGAUGAUGAUAGGGAAUUGGCGGACGCAACAACAUUGUGCCUUACUUUCAAGGGUUCCGAGGCUGAGCAGGCCUUCGUGAACCGUAACGAUCCCUGUCCGCUGGCGCUCGCGGCUCCUCCGGUUCUGCUUCUACCGGCCGUGGUCGCAAUCGCUAGUUUUGCGGUUCCCCCUACUUGGGCAUUGAGUGCUGUUUACAUGGCACUUGUUUUGGAGACAGGCCUUAUAAACAUCAUCUAUUAUGUGCACUACAGAUACUCACAAUAUAAGAAAAGGGACAUCAACCCUCAGUGGAAGGUUACCUGUGGUAUUUUCAAUAUAUCCAUGUUCGUCGCGGCAAACGUUGCUCCUCUGCUCAUCUGCGGCAGUUUUGAGUCAAUGAUCGACAGUGGAAUUUCAGAUAAUUCGAUGUCACAUCUCAGCGUGAGACGCUGUCUUCACCCCUCAUAUUACUAUCACGUGGGUGCGGGCGCCGCGUGUGGUGCUUUGUGGGUGUCUCCGAUGGGGGGAUGGUCACGGUUCGUGUUCCUGGGAGCGCUGGCGUUGGCUCACGUGGUGCCGGCGGUGGUGCAUCCCGCGCUGCUCGCCUCGCGUCCGAGCCUCGACCGUGACCCAUUUCGCCUGCCGUUUAACGCCUCUAAAGAUUACGAUGAAGACUUGUUUAUGGCUCUUGCUCAAAUUCAUGGAGGCCGUAAUCUACUGCUUUUGUUCUUCAUUGUCGUUGCGAUACUAAUAUUGAAUAGAUACUUGGAGUCACUAGAGCGCGCCCGGCACUCCCGGGGCGAGCGCAUGCGCGGUCAAGCCGAGCAGGCGAGCGACCUGCGCCGUCGCAACCAGCAGCUCAUCCACAACGUGCUCCCGCCGCAUGUCGCCACGCACUUCAUGGGCGCACGACACCACCAUCGCGACCUCUACAGUCAAAGCUACGCCGAAGUCGGGGUUCUAUUUGCCUCGAUGCCCAAUUUUACAGAAUUUUACUCGGAGGAAACAGUUAACAAUCAAGGCCUAGAAUGUUUGCGGUUUCUGAACGAAGUUAUAUCAGAUUUCGAUUUACUGCUGGAAGACCCUAAAUAUAGUAAGGAUAUAAUAAAGAUAAAAACUAUUAGUUCCACAUACAUGGCAGCGUCCGGCCUAAAUCCUACAAGACAAAUGCAGCCAUCAGAUGGCGUGGUGGUGCGCUGGGCUCAUCUCGCUUGUUUGGUUGAGUUCGCCCUGGAAUUGCAACGUGUCCUCGCAGCAAUAAACGAACAAUCUUUCAAUCAUUUUGUACUUCGCAUGGGAGUCAACCACGGUCCUAUUACUGCUGGUGUGAUCGGCGCUCGGAAACCACAUUAUGACAUAUGGGGGAAUACAGUUAAUGUCGCUUCUCGAAUGGAGAGUACCGGAAAAGCUGGCUGCAUUCAGGUUACUGAGGAGACAUGCCAGAUCUUACAGAAGUUUGGUUACUACUUCGAGCAACGUGGUCUAGUUGCGGUCAAAGGCAAGGGCCAGCUAAUGACCUACUAUCUCCAGGGCAAACACGAUAAUCCGCCAGGCCAUAUGGACAAACCCAACGUCGAAGAAUCGGUGUCUGAUGCGAGUCCAGGAGAUGCCCUCCUGGCAAACGGUGAUGUUACGGGAUCUAGCGAGGAUGGUGCUCUUUCACGGAACGAAGCUGACCGUCCACUACUACAGUCUUAAGAUGACAUAAAUUUGACAUGAAUCAUGUUUUUCACAAACCUGCCUUUAAGUUAAGCAGGUGAAACAAAAAAGAAAACUUAACAGUUCCAUCAACAAAAUCAUAUAGAUUCCUUACUCCAAUUCAGUCGAAGUUGUAUUCAAAUUCUAAUAGUAUUGAUUACGUCAUUAAUUUUCGCGUUUUUCUACCUUUGUUCUCUAAGUCUUUGAUUUUUGUUAAAUGUGUUUCAUUCGGAAAGUUAAUGCAGUACUCUUCAUUUACGAUUUCAUUUUAAGCGAUUGUAUUUUAUUGACUUAUCUAAUAUGAAGUCAGCUUCACAUAUUUUAUCCCUAGUUUGUGCUGAGGCUUUGGGGAGGUCUAUGUCCAGCAGUCUACGUCUGUGGACUAAAAGAGAGACAAAGACGUAAUCGUAUAUUACGUGUAGGCGCUAGGACAUCUUGUGAGUGCGUACUGGUUGGUACCACCACUUUACCUAUUUCUGCCGUGAAGCAAU